AUGAAGCUGAUCAAACGUCGAGACAGGCGUCCCCAAGCCACAGCUGCGACGCCAUGCCACUUGCUUGCACUACCAGCGGAGAUACGCUUGCUCAUAUACAGCCACAUAGCCCCCGAUGGCUUCCUACCAAACGCGCCCUACCAGACAUACAUCGGGCUCAUGCUCUCCUGCCCCCAAAUCUACAACGAGAUGACCUCCGAAGCCGUCCGCCUGGCCCCUUCCAUCCUACGCACGAUCCAGUUCUCCGUCAACGCAACGCCAAUGAAGCUACAACCGCUCCGGCCGACGACCUUCGCCUCGCUGAUGCACCUCACGAUCGGAAUACCACGCUGGGCAAUGCUCGAUCGGCCUACGAUAAUGGGCAUUCUGCAAGCCAUGGCACCAGUACUAGAGCUUCACCUGGCCAGAUUGACCAUCGGAUUGGAAGACCUAGAGGGUGAAGACGAUGUCUUGCAGAUGGUUGAGACACUGAAUCCGGCACAAAUCGCGCGUUACGUGAGCCAAGUACAGGACAUGCCCGCACCCCUCUAUCCUCCAAGCGAUUCUGUGGCAUCCGACCAUUAUCGCAUCCGAACAACAUACAGCAAUAUCAUUGGACUCGUCACAGCAAUGAAUUGCCUCAUAGCUCCAGGAAUGUGUAAUGGAAAGCAUGCCCAGGCAAACCACUGGUGCCUUCGCGCUUCAGUCCUUAACCCACCAUUUCCGACGACGACGUGUAACGUUCGGAAGAUUGCUUUCCGCUUGAAAAGGCUCCAUGAUGAGAAGGUAUGUGGGUGUGGUCGACUUCCCGCUCACUACCCUCAUCUGGUGUAUCCGUUUCGCGGGUCGAGCUAUAGGUGGGAGCUGAUGCUCGAAAACCCCUCGUUGGAAAAGGAGCGAUGGAUGGUUCACUGGAGGGAUGAUAAGGGUAAGUUGAGCUGGUCUCUGAAGGGAAAACCAGGGCUAUAUGUAUGGCUGAAGUUGAAAGAGAAGCGAGAGAGCCGGUUGAAGAGGGCUGUGAAAAGCUUGUUCAGGCAGACCUAG